AUGUCACUCCUGACUGAGUAUGAGGGAGGGAUUCCUUUGCCUCUUACGAAUGAUUUGUCAGAGCCAAAAAGACAUGCAGCAUGCGACGAGUGUAGAAAGCGGAAGCUCAAAUGCUCCGGGGAACCAGCAGGCUGUUCGCGAUGUACCAAACAGUCACUCUCUUGCAACUAUUCCAUACAAAAACAGAUGGGCCGGCCGCCCAAGAAAAGGACGCGGACAGACGAUGAGGGGGCCGACUUUCCAGUGCUAUCGGGGGCCGAAAUUUGGCCCAGCCCAGAGGACUCGCAACAAUCUUCACUAGGGAUGAGUCCAGACACAGUCACCUUCCCUGACGCCGAUCAUCUUUGUCCGCAAUUAUUCUGGCGGCCUGGUAUGACCACGAAUUUGCCACAGUCCCAGCCCGCAGAUCUAUUGUCAGGUUAUGAAGACCACAACCAUACCUGGAGGCCAGACCGUCUGAAACAGCCAAACCUUCCCGUUCCUGCAUCAUCUUCCCCUUGGCCUGAUUUCUCGGCUAUCUCCGAAGCCACGGCCAUGCCAAUGCCAUUCCCCAACCCUCCAACUUUCCCUUUGACGCCGCACUCCCUCCCGCUGUCUCCUGCUACCUCCAUUUCCUCCGACUCCACAACGUCUGGGUGUCCGUGUUUAUCAUACCUCUACCUAUCCCUCAGCCACAUGACAUCAAUAUCCUCCUUCCCCGUCAACUCCCACACUCUAUGCUCGCUAUAUAUCGCUGCACGAACAGCACGAGACGUGAUCCGCUGCCAAGUUUGUCCCAAGGUCUUUGCAACGGGCCUCCAAAAUAUUAUGUUCAUAGGGACUCUAUUAACUGUCGUCGCGGACUCGUGGCUGCGCGUCUCGCAAGCCGACGCUGUCGAACUGGGGAUGCAGUCCGCGCCUCCACAGUACGUGUCUGAGGUGCUCCAAAGCCCUAAUCCAGCACAAGUUUGGAAAUCAUGGCUCCACCAAGUUGUUCGUCGCGCUGUCAUUGGUGGUCCCGUUGGGGCAGGUGCUAUGAUUCCUUGUUCUGAGCAGCCCGAUCUGCUGUCCAUGAUUAUGGAAAUCGAGAAUCGACAACGCCGCUGGCAUGAACCUGGGCAACAUCCACUUGGACAGUGGAACCCAAUGUCCAUGUCGGACUCGGCUCAGUCACAAGAUCAGGAUGAUCCCGGUGAAAAGGAGUUUUUAUGUCUUCGUGUGGUUGGAAGUGCCAGAGAAGUGAUCAAACACUUCAACUUCGAUCCUUCAGAAUAUCCCGAGGGCGUUGAGCCGGUCACUACAACCAACAAAGCGCAUACGGGAGCAGAUCAUGCUUGA